GGCGGCCCGGAAGGCGGAAGUGCUGAGCUUCCGGUCGUCUUGAGCGUGUGCGCUGUAAGUGGUGAACCUGUGGAGGUAAGUGGGUGUCCAGUGGGACGUGGGGCUCCAUUCUGCCUCUCGUAGAGAAACGCGCCUGCAGUCUCGUCCAUCUCUGGGCAAGCUGAGAUGCAAGCCGCUCUUGAGGGCAGGGGCCUCUCGUCUCGGCGGCCCUCGGGCAUCUCGGUGUUCUGGGCGAACUGGAGUCCUUCGUCGUUCCGUCUCCCUCGGGUUAACCUCGGCCCUCAAGACUGUUUAACGAAACCCUUCUAUCCCCGCUGCAUACAGGUUUUGGGUUGUUAUUCACAAGAUAAAAUAUGGCUAAAAGUUUACGGAGUAAGUGGAAAAGGAAGAUGCGUGCUGAAAAGAGAAAAAAGAAUGCCCCAAAGGAGCUUAGCAGACUUAAAAGUAUUCUUAAAGUAGAUACUGAUGUUUUAAUGAAAGAUGUUCAUGAGAUAGCAACUGUGGUGGUCCCCAAACAUACUGAAGAGAAAACCCAGUGUGUGGUGAAAGAUGACAAAGAUGACAUGAAAAUGGAGACUGACAUUAAGAGAAAUAAAAAGAGUCUUCUAGACCAGCAUGGACAGUACCCCAUAUGGAUGAACCAGAGGCAAAGAAAAAGGCUGAAGGCAAAGCGAGAAAAAGGAAAGGGGAAAAGCAAAGCAAAAGCAGUGAAGGCAGCUAAGGGUUUGGCCUGGUAGACUUUUGAAAACUUGAAAAGUGCCCCAUGGGACAGACCUUCGAUUAGAAUGUACACACCUAUUUCAGCUUCUAUCAGAUGAAAACCUUGUUUCCAUUUUUUAACUGGGCCUUUUUCUUCAAACCCAACAUAACAUCUCAAAUUUGUUUUAGGAAUUUGAAUAAAAUAUUUCCUUCGAUGAAUGAAAGCUAUACUUAUAUUUUAAUUGGAUGCUAUCUGAUAUACAGGGAUUGGAUUAUCAGACAUCAAA